CCAAUAGUAAACUGCCACGUAUGUUAGCUUCUUAACUAAACAAUCUAACUGCAAGACUCUUUCGUACCAGAAAGGAAGGAAGAAAGAUCAAAACUCUUUCUUUGUGGUUUUUCUUGUUUUCAGAUCGAAUCUAAGAAAUGGGCAACGCUAUUAGGUUACUCUACCGGAAAUGUUGCAGCGACGAUAAGCCUCACGGCGUUUCAGCUCUUUCACGUGAUCUCCUUAGCUUCGAGGCCACUUCUCAGGUUCCUGAAGAGCUUGGAAGUUAUGUUGUGUCUUCUAUAAAGGCUCAAGCAAACUGGUAUGGAAAGAUACUUGAGGCCUGGAAGCAAGCCAAGCCUCGGCCUCAGACCGAUGAGGAAGCUGCAAGGCUUGUUAUCACGACUCUAAAGGGGCAUAAGAAAGCUGAUGUUGAGGGACUUUUGUCUUUCUAUAGACUCCCUUCGCCUGGUAAGCUCGAUGAGAUCCCUAAUGAAUCACCUGUGUCUGUAUCUGAAGGACUUAAAUUUGAGCUUCUAACGCUUCCGGUGGAUCAAAAAUCUGUGGCAGAUGGAGAUACUGUUACUGUGUAUGUUACUAGCACAGAUCCAAUUGUGUCAUCUACACUUCCUAAGGAAGUGAGUCUUGCAGCGGCUAAAAGAGCUAAAGCCCGUGAGAACAAGAAUUACACAGAAGCAGAUGCACUUCACAAGAAGAUCAUAGCUUCGGGUUACAGGAUGAUAAAUGUUCAGAAUAAGGAAGUGCUUGCUAAAAAGUUCAGAAUAAGACUAAGGGGAAUUGAUGCACCUGAGAGUAAAAUGCCUUUUGGAAAAGAGUCACAUGAUGAGCUACUUAAGAUGGUUGAAGGUAAAAGCUUGAAGGUGUUAGUCUAUGCAGAGGAUCGAUAUGGAAGAUGUGUAGGAGAUAUAUACUGCAAUGGAAAGUUUGUACAAGAAGUUAUGUUAAAGAAAGGUCUUGCUUGGCACUAUCUAGCCUAUGACAAGCGUCCAGAGCUUGCAAAGUGGGAAAAUGAGGCUAAGCAGAAGCGUAUUGGCUUGUGGGCGGCUAAAAAUCCAGAGAAGCCAUGGGAGUGGAGAAAGAACAAACGUGGAGGAAACUAACACUCUGAACCCUAAGCGGCUACGUUGCUUCCUUCUCAAGUUAGGGUUUGUUCCAAUUCUUGGGGUUCUGGAUGCAACAGAUACCUUCUAUUUUCUAUGUCCAGUUCGGUAACAAAAGUAACUAUAUAUUAUUCUGUAAUGAUUAAAGAUGUGAUAUGUUGUUGUAACUGUAAGAGCACUCUGUACAUGUUUCAUGUGUUGAUAAGUUGUUGGCAAUGGAGAAUCUCUCUUUGAACCUAAAAA